AUGACCAACUUCGAGAAGUCGGUAAAGGGGGCUACUAAGCUCAAGCUUGCGGCCCCUAAAUCUAAAUACGUCGAAACAAUCUUGGUGGCGACUCAUACCGGCGAAGCAGGUGUCGCAGAGAUCUUUCGGACGCUCCAGCAUAGGCUCCGAGACUCAGCAUGGACAAUUGUGUUUAAGGCGCUCAUCAUCGUUCAUCUUAUGAUUCGAGAGGGCCAGCAGGAUGCAGCGCUGUCGUAUCUUUCGGACAACCCCAAGAAGAUUGCUCCCAGUAACUUUUCCGAAGCGCAAUCACAGGGACAUAACAUCCGGCGAUAUGCCGAGUAUCUCAUGACGCGCGCUAAAGCGUUCAACGCCACCCAGACCGACUACGUGCGGAGCGGACCCGGACGUUUGAAGCGAUUGAGUGUGGAUAGAGGUCUUUUGCGAGAAACGGAGGUUGUGCAGAAGCAAAUUCGUGCGUUGCUGCGAUGUGAUCUUUUGACAGAUGAACCCGAGAACGAGAUCAGUUUGACUGCAUUCCGCCUCCUGACACUCGACCUUUUGACGCUUUACUCUGUUAUGAAUGAGGGAACCAUCAAUGUAUUGGAGCAUUACUUUGAAAUGUCAAGGCCGGAUAGUGAACGUGCCUUGUCAAUCUACAAGACAUUCACAACACAGACGGAGGAAGUCGUACAGUUCUUGGGAGUUGCACGGCACUUCCAGUCCGCCACCCGGCUGGAGAUUCCGAAGCUCAAGCAUGCUUCCACCGACUUGGCGCGCCUGCUCGAAGAUGACUUGAAUGAUCCGGACUUUGACCUUCGCCGGCGAGAAUACUUGGCUGGGAAAGGCAUCAAGAAGGCGGGGCGCGCGCCGACUUCUGGCGCCGGGUCUGGCUUCGCGGAGGCUUCCUCCAACGACAAAUCCCAGCCCGUGUCAAACCCGCCCAAGCAGCCUGAAACGCAGAAGCAAGCUCCUACGGAUUUGAUCGAUUUCUUUGACUCCAUCGAACAGAAUCAACAAUCAAUGGCUCAACCCGGGGGAAUGCCGUAUCAACAAACGGGCUUCCAGCAGCAACAGCCACAACAGGCUUUCUAUCCCCAACAGGCUGGUUUCCCUCAGCAGCCCCAAGCCACCGGAUACGGUCAGCAGAAUCAAUAUGGCCAAGCCUUCCCUCAGCAAAACACUGGCAAUCCCUUCGGCCAGCAGCAAAUACAGUCGCAGCCGCAGCCGCAGCCGCUCCAAUCGAUGCCCACUGGGGCUGGGUUUGGUGGAUAUACCGCGCAGCCACAGUCCUAUGGGUUCCAGUCACAGCUAGGUCCUAUUCCGCAAAAUGCGGUUCCUUCAUUCUCCCAGCAGCCUCAACAGCCGCAACAGCCCCAGGCGUUGCAGCCACAGCAUACUGGCACCAAUCCGUUCCGGCAAUCAAUGCUGUUGAAUAACCCCACGGGUGGUGCGCAACCUGCCCCUGCCGCCCCUCUUCAACGGCAGAACACAAACCCCUUCGCGAAACGCCUUUCUAUGGCGCAGCCGAACUUUAAUCAGGGAGCGGCCGAGCCCGUGCCCCAGGUUCCUCAAGUUCCCCAGAUCCCCCAAGCGCAAGCACAGCCCCAGGCACUCCAGCCCCAGCGCACAGGAACCAACCCAUUCGCCCGGAGCUCGCCCGUGCCCCCUCAGAAUGGGGGAUUGCAGCCUCCAGCCGCAGCGCCUCUGCAACCCAACCCGACUGGAAGCACCAAUCCCUUCCGGCAGAGUCAGUUCAUCAACCAACAGACUGGCCAAGGGUGGCAGACUGGGCAAAAUGGUACAAUGGGUGGGCUAGAGCAGAUGGAAACAGUCCCUAUCUUCCCACGACCGGGCAUGGCCUAA